AUGGGGAUUUUAGAAAGGAUAGCUGAUAUAGAGGCCGAAAUGGCUAGAACCCAGAAAAAUAAAAAAACUGAAUAUCAUUUAGGUAGAUUAAAGGCUCAAUUGGCUAAAUUGAGAACUGAACUAAUUGAAGCUGGGAAUAGCAGUAGCCAUAAAGGAGAAGGGUUUGAUGUUAUAAAACAAGGUGAUGCACGUGUUGUAUUGAUUGGAUUUCCUUCUGUUGGUAAAUCUACGCUACUAUGUGAAACAACAGGUGCGGAAAGUGCAAUAGCAGCUUAUGAAUUUACAACUCUUACAUGUGUGCCAGGAGUAAUGAAGUACAACAAUGCUAAGAUUCAACUUUUAGAUCUACCGGGAAUAAUAGAGGGUGCAGCAAGUGGUAGAGGAAGAGGAAGACAGGUUAUAGCAGUAGCUCAGUCAGCUGACCUAAUUCUAAUGGUUCUAGAUUGUACUAAAGAUGAGAGCCAAAAAAGAAAGUUAGAAAUAGAAUUGGAAUCUAUAGGAAUAAGAUUAAAUAAGAGACCUCCAAUGAUAAGUAUUAGACCUAAGAAAAUAGGUGGAAUAACCUUUAAUUCAACUGUACCUUUGACUCACCUUAAUAAUAAGAUGAUCAUAAAUAUAUUAAAUGAAUAUAAAAUUUACAAUGCAGAUAUUCUAAUUAAAGAGGAUUGUACUAUUGAUGAUUUUAUUGAUUGUAUUGAAGGUAAUAGAAAAUAUAUACCAUGUUUAUAUGUAUACAAUAAAAUAGAUAAUUUAAAUAUUCAGGAAAUAGAUGAACUUGCAAGAAGGUCAAACAGUGUAGUUAUAUCAUCACAGAAACGUUGGAAUCUAGAUACAAUGAUAGAAUUAAUAUGGGAUAAAUUGGGACUUGUUAGAUUAUAUACAAAGAAGAAAGGUGAAUUACCUGAUUUUUCAGAUCCUCUUAUCCUAACUCCUCAAAGAGGAAAUAUUGAUGUUGAGACAGUAGUUAGACUUAUUCAUAAGGAUCUAAUAAGUGAAUUUAAACAUGCUCUUGUUUGGGGCACAAGUGUUAAACAUAAUCCUCAAUGUGUUGGGCUUACUCAUAAAUUAAAUGAUGAAGAUGUUAUACAGCUUGUGAAAUCUAGGUAG